UUUUUUUUUCAAUUCAGAACGAACGAACCAACUAGGUACAACAAAACAGGGAUCUCCUUCCUCUAGGCAGUCGCGUCAUUCAACUAGUCAGUCGUAGAGUGGAAGUGAAACAGUCUGUCAGACAAGCUACGAACCAACCAAAGUAGUAGCCAAGCAUCACGGUCGUCGUCGUCGCUUGAAACGAAAAGAACGCGUUUUUCCCUCGUCUUGUUUGGUUUUAUUUUUUUUUCAUUUUGUUUAAAUUGCAAUUAAUUAACAAUAAUUCAUAUUUCUCGGUAUGAUGUUGUUGUUGUUGGAUGGACAUGUACGGAUGUUACUAGUGGUGCGGUUGGUUGUGGCAGUGCUGAAAAAAGUUUUAUUGAAUUAAUAAAUAUACGUAAUUUCCCAUUUUCCGCCUACAAAAAGUCGAAGAACACCUGAGAAUUCAUGUGGGAGAAAUCGUCAACAGCGUCGUUAAUCACCCAAAAUGCCGGCCAAAUGAUUUUAUUUGGGCAACGGCGAGUGCAUUGAACUCCUUUCUCAUCGGAUAAAAGUAGCAGAAAAAAGAUCCGGCAUACCAAAAAAAACAAAAUCUGAAAUCAAAACUGAAACAAAAUACACACACACACAUACAUACAUUCCUUUAUUGAGAUUUACAUAAAACAACAAAAAUAUAAAAAUAGGAACAACAAAGGACACAUUUAAGUGAAUAUUACCACUUGCAGCACUCUCUCGCUCUCUCCUCUCUCACACACACUCACCCACUCACACAUUAAUAAUGACAGGUGACAACGACAGGAGAAGUGUCAUUGCUGGCUACAAUAUGCUGCCCCUCAAAAUGCUAUUAUCCCUUUUGGUCGUUUGCAUCCUGUUCGGAAGCAGCACCGAAGCCUUUGAAAAUGGUCUGAAAUUUAAACAAACCAAAUACACAGAAUGGUCCAAGAAUGUCACAUAUCUCAGCAAGACCAGCUACAAUGCCAGGGGCAUGAAACCGCUCUAUGAAAUCAGUCACAAAGUUAUGUGGUUUUUGAUUGGAGGCGAGGAUCCCAUACCAGAUGGUUAUUUUGAACUAAAAGAUGGCCAGGUGCUAAAGGGGCCCAAAGCCGAACGCAACGAAUGGGGCGACUUGGUAUUACAUUAUUGGCCCAUAUUGUUGAUUGUUCUGUUGGUGGCAAUACUGGUGGCUUCAAUGCCCAUCAUUGGUUUGUGUUUUUGCUGUUGCCGCUGUGCCGGAGCCUGUGGUGGCCGCUCUGAGCCAUUUGACAAAAAACAUGAUACCUGUCGACGAGUUUUUCUUGGUUUCUUGUUAAUCCUGUUGGCGACGGGUAUAUUAUUUGGUGUCAUUGUUGCCUUUGCCACCAACAGUUACAUGCAGUUUGGCAUUGACGAUGGCACCGAUGCUGUGCGGGCUGGCAGUAAAGAUACCCAGAAAUUCUUGGCGACUACAUCGGAACAAUUGGAAUAUGUGCUGGUGAAUAAUUACAAGCAAUUGUCGGAUCAUUUGGAGGACAUUUUGAGGACCACCUCGGAUUAUAUAAUAACAAAUCUGGAACAACAAUCCAAGGCCAUAUCGGUUAGUCGUCUCACAGAGUUCUUGGAGAAGUUGCCAAGUUUGAAAAACAAAUUGCAGCAAAUGAAAACAAUAACCAAUGAUUUGAGGGUCUAUGCAUCGCAGUUGAGUGAUGGUUUGCGUGGUGUCAAACGUGACCUGUUGGUCAUGCUCAACAAGUGUUCCGAUCAAUCGUGCAAGGAUGUCUUGAAUCGUUAUGAAAUCGGAAAGUUAGAUGCCAAUGGCAUACACUAUGAUCAGCUUCCCGAUGUCAGCAUUAUUAUCGACAAUUUGGAUCAGCUGAUCAAUGAUAAUAUUGCCUCGGCUGGGGAAAAGGGUAGCAAUGCCUUGAAACAAAUGCGCUCACAUCUCAACAAUACCAUUGCCAGUUAUACGCCACAAAUUAUUGAGUCCAUUAAUAAAGCAGGUGAAGGCCUGCAAAAGGUUUCCAACGACAUUAAAACCGAACUGGACAAGGUUUCCAAAGUCAUCGAUACAAAUACCAAUAAGUAUACAAAUAUAGCUGAUAAUUAUUUAGUUGAAUAUGGACCAUAUCGUUUUUAUGUGGGCAUUGGUGUUUGCUCCAUAUUGUUGUUGGUUUUAGUAUGUUUGGUAGCAGCUUUAUUGUGCGGCAUCUGUGGCAAACGUCCAGAUGGUUAUGGUGAUGAUUGUUGUAACAAGGGCUCUGGCUCCAGAUUCCUUAUGUUUGCCGUUGCCAUUAUAUUUUUGACAAUAUCGGGUAUAACAAUAAUUGCCCUUGUACAUUUCUUGAUUGGCAUUGUGACCUAUCGCGGGGUCUGUGUGCCAUUAAGAAAUCCCCAAGACGAUGCCGUGUUUGCAGAAUUCGAUAAUUUAAUUGACUUGAAUGAGGUCUUGUAUCCAUCGAAAAUUAAGGGCCAAGCUGCUUCAGGCUCUCUGCCACCAUUCCAUAUAUCGCAUGUUAUUGUUGCCUGCCAAAAGAAUCAAACCAUCUACGAAGUUCUACACAUCAACAAUAUGGUCGAUAUAAAUGCCAUCAAAGAAUAUCCUGCCGAUUAUAAAAUCAAUAAGACUCUGGACGACUUGGUCAAUGGUAUUGACUUUAACGAUAGCAACGUUGAUAUCCUCUCGCCCGCCGACAAACAACGUAUCCUUGAAUUGGGACAGUCUGCACUGAAAGACUUUGAUUCCGAUCAAUUUGUACACAAUCUAAACGACAACAUAACGAAACACUCACUAACCGAUAUUGCACAACAGUUGCGUGAAACUGCCAAAAAGAUAACAAGCUCAGACAUGAAAGAUGUUCAGAUAUCACUGCGUAAUCAGGCAUUGCAUUUAGAGACAUACGAACAGAAUUUGGUGAUACCGAUGAAGACACAAUCGGCGGAGUUGAUUAAACUGGCCAAGGAGUUGGACAGCACGUUGACGUAUAAGGAACAGAAAUUCCAACAAUCGAUACCAUUGUUGGUGACCGAAAUUGAACAGGCUCAAACAUUUAUCCGUAAGGAUGGUCGGAAUUUUGUCAAGUCUUCGGCGGAGACAUUUACCAAUCAUUUUGCCGGGGAAAUUGAUCGUUACUUGAAUAUGGUGGUGAAUGCAGUGGAGAAUAAGAUUGGCAUUUGCCAUCCCAUGGCCAAUGUUUAUGAGGCUGGCAUUGUGGCGGCCUGCAACAAUAUUAUCGAUCCAUUGAACGGUUUCUGGGCUGGCGUAUUCUGGUGUGUUAUCUUGUUCUUGCCAACUUUAAUUGUGGCCGUCAAACUUUCCAGUUUAUAUCAAAAAUCCGACCCCUAUCCCGGCCCCUUGGUUGAAUCGGAGUAUUUAUAUGAUGCAUACAGUGAACGUGAUCACAUUCCAUUGUCAAAUGGUCCAAAGAAUAAACGCCGCAAGAAUAAAGAUCGCCGACGUCGCGAUUAUUAUGAAGAUCCAAUAGUUUCAACAUCGCAUGGAAUACCACCAGCCGGGGCUGGGGUACGUGAUACACGCUACAGUGAUAUGGCGCCCAAACACUGGGAUGGCGGACCACCACGUUACCAAAACCCACCAAUGGCCCCACCAGCAUCCGAAUACGAACGCCCACCACCAUAUUACUAUCCGGGCGCCUCGGAUCAGGACUAAGUGAUCUAUAUUGAAAUUCAGUUUUAAGCUGAUGAAUCUCUCACACGACAACAAGAAGAAAAAAAAAAACAACACAUUAACGAUGAGUACCCAAGAGAUGGCAAAUACAUGAUAUGUGUGUGUGUGUGUGUGUGCGUGCAAAUGACGAAUAAACGAACUCCGGGAAGUAGUAAAUGAAUGAUGAUGGAAGAUGCAGAUGGAUGUUUGUUAACUAUUGGAUGGUUGGCAAAUACAAAAAAGAAAAAUAACGAAUCAAAACUUUAAAACAAACAAAUAGCAUAACAACCAACCGGAAGUCAUCAAAAAAACAUAAAUCAGUCCUUUUUACAAUAUAUACAUGCAUAUAUAGUAUUAUAAAUAUUAUUAAAUGAUUUUUUUUUUGUUAGUAUAUAGUUUUUUGAAUUAUUAUUUUUUUGUUAAACUUUGUUCACAAGUUUUUAGUUUUAAAAUAUUAUUUUUAUUUUUUCAAUUGAAUCAUAAUGACACUGUGCUACAGGCAAAAAAGGGAUGAUAUUUGGUAAAAAAAGGGGGAUAUAUACAUGUCCUAUUCCAUUUCAUUUUAAAAAAAAUCUAAUUAUGUUCCAAUUUUGAGAUUUCCUCAUGAUUUAAAAACUUUGGAACGUCUUGGAAAAAGAAAAUGUUUUAGGGAAAUAUAGAUGAUACUUGGAAUUAGGUCCCAGGUUGCAUUUUUUAAAAAAGCGGGAUUUAUAAAUGUCCAUUUCCAUUUCAUUUAAUAAAAGUCUAAUUAUAUUCCCAUUUUGAGAGAUUCCUUAGGAUUUCAAAACUUGGGAACGUCUUGGGAAAUAUAAAGCUUUAGGAAAAUAUGGAUGAUACUUGAAGGGUGAUCCCAGGUCAUAUUUUGUAAAAAUAUAAAUGUCCAUUUCCAUUUAAUUCAAAGAAAAUGUAAUUAUAUUCCAAUUUUUAAAGUUUCCUUAGGAUUUAACAGCUUUGGAACGUCUUGGGAAAGAAAAAGUUUUAGGAAAAUAUGGAUGAUACUUGAAGGAUGAUCCCAGGUCACAUUUUAUAAAAAGGAGGAUAUAUAAAUGUCAAUUUCCAUUUCAUUUAAAAAGGUCUAAUUAUAUUCCAAUUUCGAGAGUUUCCUUAGGAUUUAACAACUUUGGAACGACUUGGGAAAAAAAAUAUUUAGGGAAAUAUAUAUGAUAUUUGGAGGGGGACCCAGGUCACAUUUUGUAAAAAAGGGAGAUUUAUAAAUGUUCAUUUCUAUUUCAUUUAAAAAAUCUAAUUAUAUUCCAAUUUUGAGAGUUUCCUUAGGAUUUAACAGCUUUGGAACGUCUUGGGAAAGAAAAAGUUUUAGGGAAACAUUGAUUAUACUUGGAAGGAGGACCCAGGUCACAUUUUAUAAAAAGGGGUUCUGUAAAUGUCCAAUUCCAUUUCAUUUAAAAAAAAGUCUAAUUAUAUUCCAAUUUUAAGAGAUUCCCCAGGAUUUAAGCGUUUUGGGACGCCUUGGCAAAAGAAAAAGCUUUAGGGAAAUAUAGAUGAUACUUGAAGGAUGAUAACAGGUCACAUUUUAUAAAAAGGGGUUCUAUAAAUGUCCAUUUCCAUUUCAUUUAAAAAAGUCUAAAUAUAUUCAAAUUUUGAGAUUCCUUCGGAUUUAUUAACUUUGGAACGUCUUGGGAAAAGAAAAUGUUUUAGGGAAAUAUAGAUGAUACUUUUAAGCAGGUCCCAGGGCACAUUUUAUAAAACAGGGGUUCUAUAAAUGUCCAUUUCCAUUUCAUUUAAAAAAGUUUAAUUUUAUUCGAAUUUUGGGAUUUAAAAGUUAUAAAACGCCUUGGGAAAAGAAAAAGCUUUAGGAAAAUAUAGAUGAUACUUGCAGGGUGAUCCUAUCCCAUAUAUAAAUGUCCAUUUCAUUUAAAAAAGAAAAUGGGAAGUUAUAUUCAAGCCAUGGAGCCAUUUUGAGAGUUUCCUUAGGUUUUAAAAAGCCUUGGAUUAGAGGGUGAAUGAUGGAACUAGGCACGUACGACCAUAUUAAGCCUGGAAAUAAGUAUGACAAAUUUUAUCUGAAUCAGUUCAGAUGUAGCUAUAGCUCCCAUAUAUAUUUUUCAUCCGAUUUGCUAUUUUUGUCUUCCGCAGCCUAAUAUGCACUCGGUAGUAACGAUAUUUGGGGAAAUAUAUCGAAUACCGCUCAGAAAUACCUUCGCCAAAUUUUAAAGAGAUCGGUUCAUAUUUGGAUGUAGCUCCCACAUACAACUUCGUCCGAUUUGCCUUUAAUUGUGCACCAAACGUGUAGUAUAGGCCCAAAUAAUAUGAAAUUUUGCACUUACGACCAUAUCGAGCCUAGAGACAAAUAUGUCAAAUUUGGUGAAAAUCGGAUCAGAUAUAGCUAUAGCUCCCAUAUAUAUUUUUCAUCCGAUUUGAUAUUUUUGUCCUCGAAAGCCGCAAUGUGCACUCUGUAACAACAAUAUUUGGGGAAAUAUAUCGAAUACAGCUCAGAAAUACCUUUGCCAAAUUUUAUCGAAAUCUCUUCAGAUUUGGAUAUAGCUCCCAUAUACAACUUCGUCCGAUUUGCCUUUUAUAGUGCACCAAAUGUGUAAUAUCAGCCUAAAUGGGAUGGAAUUUGGCACUUACGACCAAAUUGAGCCUAGAAACAAGUAUGUUAGAUUUGGUGAAAAUCGGUGCAGAUAUAGCUAUAGCUCCCAUAUAUGUUUUUCAUCCGAUUUUCAAUUUUUGUCCUCCACAGCCAUAAUAUGUACUCUGUAACAACGAUAUUUGGGGAAAUAUAUCGAAUACCGCUCAGGAAUACCUUUGCCAAAUUUUAUCGAAAUCGUUUUAGAUUUGGAUAUAGCUCCCAUAUACAACUUCGUCCGAUUUGACUUUUAUUGUGCACCAAACAUGUAACAUUAGACCAAAUGGUAUGAAACUUGGUACUUACGACCAUAUUAGGCCUUGAAAUGAGUAUGUUAAAUUUGAUCGAAAUCGGAUCAGAUAUAGCUUUAGCUCCCAUAUAUAUAGUUCAUCCGAUUUGAUCUUUUUGUGCUCCACAACCGUAAUAUGCACUCUGUAACAACGAUAUUUGGGGAAAUAUAUCGAAUACCGCUCAGAAAUACCUUUGCCAAAUUUGAUCGAAAUCGGUUCAGAUUCUGAUAUAGCUCCCAUAUACAACUUCGUCCGAUUUGCCAUUUAUUGUGCACCAAGCCUGUAAUAUUAGCCUAAAUGGGAUGGAAUUUGGCACUUACGACCGUAUUGAGCCUAGAAAUAAGUAUGGUAAAUUUGGUGAAAAUCGGAUCAGAUAUACCUAUAGCUCCCAUAUAUAUUCAUAUAUCCGAUUUGUUAUAUUUUUUAGUUCAGAUCCAGAAUUUUAGGUUUUUUUCCCAAAGAAUUAAGCCCCUGGACCCUCCAUACCCGGAAAAUUUGCCCUGUAGCCCAGUGUAAAAAUUAGUCAGAAAUUAGGAGCUAUAUAUAUAUAAAUAAUACAUAUUAUAACUCUCUCUCUCACUUGAUAUAGAAACAUAUAUAUAACUUAACAUAACAGACCAUACAUACCUAACUAACUCUAACAUACAUAUAUUUCCAUUUUUUGACUCGUAAUUAUUAUUAUUUUUUUUUUUAUUAAAUGUGCGUAGACAACAAAUGACAAGCAAAUGCAUGUGUUGAAUAGAUGAUGACGAUGAUGAUGAAGUAAAAAAAAAAUGUGUAAACAAAAUUUUCGUAAACAAAUAAAUUGUUAUAAACUCACACAGAGAUUUAAAAACCCUUUACUACACAAAUAACACUAACAACACACCCAUUUAUACAACCAAACAUACAAUAACUACUACAACCACUACACACAUAUAUAUGAGGAAAAAAUAUAUAAUAAGUUAGUGUUUGUUUAUUGUGAAGAACAACAGCUUUAAAAUUGAAAUUUCAAUUCUCAAUUUAAAAAAAAAUACAAACAAAAAGAAAACGACAAAAUCUCCAUGCAGAAGGAUGUGUCUCAAAAUGUAUGAAUUAAAAAAUUGAAAUGUAAGGUGUUAAAUCAAGCAAUUGAAAAAAUUGGAUUAUAUUGACCUCAUAUUGCAAUCUUCUUAUUAACAGGAAUAUAGAAAGCCUAUCAAAUUGUAAUCUCGAACUUUACAGGCUUUUUUUGCAGCAAAAAUAUUUUUAAGAAGCCAUUGUAAAUUAAAAGCUUUUGUAAAAAACUAGAUUAUAGGGACCUUAUUUUGGAAGCCUAUCAAAUUGUAAGCUCUGAUAUUCCAGGCUUAAGACUUUCUCCACUGGUUUUACAUAUUUUUGACUAUGCAACAAUCAUAACCUUUAAAAUAUAUAUUUUUAUCUACCUUCAGAAGACCUCUUUAAUUGGCUUCUCUUUAUGGAGAAUAUUCUAUUUAUCCCUGGGAUUAAAUUUUUUUUUUUGACUACUGGAAUUGUAUUGUACCUCCUGAAUGAUGUUCUGCCUAUAUAAAAUAUGGAUAUAAAGGGUACAGUAAAAUGACAGAGGAUUUUAAUUGUAAGUCAGGGCCACCAUAGACCUUGUAAAGCUGCGUCGAUUUUCGAUGGAUCAAAGAUGUUUUGAGUAAAAGAGAUUUUUGUUUAUUUCAAAAUUAAUUUGUAAGUUUGAAGUCAAGAUGAAAAUUUGAAAUAUUUUUUAGAACAACUUUAAUCUUUCAGAUAUCCCUCUCUUCUCUUCUUUCAAAAUACCAUUUGUAGCUGGAAUUUGAUAUUUUCUGUUUUUAGAAUUUAUUUUGCUUCAACUAGAAUUAUAGGUGAACUUUUGAAAUAUUUGGGUCUAUAGAACCUCUUAACCUUUUGUUUCAGAUGACUUUUUAAAUUAAUUAAUAAAUUAACUUUUUAAUUAAUUUAAUUAAAUUCUCUUUAUUUCGAAAUUGUGUAUCUCUAGAAAUGUUAUUGGACUUCCCUCCUGAAAGAAAUUCUGGGUAUCUAAAGUACUUUAAAUGUCAUUGGCAUACAGCAAAGAUUCCUGAACAUUUUUCUAAGGAAAAAGGACAUAUUAUUUUUUUAUCAAUUUUUUUUCAGAAAAUACUCUCUCAAAUGCAUUUUUUUUUUUUUUUUUUUGAAACCUCCAAUGGAUGAUUCAAAUAUUUUCCUGCACAUGAAGGGACUUCUCAGAAAUGCUUUUUAUAAAUUUCUUUUGAAAAGUCUGAUGUUGGAAUGUAUUUUGUAUUUUGUCCGUCCAUGGAUGGUCCAUGGUAUGAUUUUUGUAAAGAAUUUUCUCAAUUGGAAAUAUUUUGAUAUUCUUCAGUCUUCACAAAAAAUUAUUUGAGAUUUUUUUUCGCAGUUUCUCUAAAUGUCUCCUUGAAUGACUAUAACUAUUCUUAAGCUAUGGUAUCGACGAUAUUUCAAGAUUCCAAAAUAAUAUUCAAAAUAAUUAUGAUUUCAGAAUCAAUAGCCCUUUCCUUGAUAGAAAUAUAUUCAAUUACAGCUCUCCAGGAAGUUUUUCUGAUAGGCCAUCAAAUGUUUAGCAAGAAACCCCUUAAUUUCCGAUAUUCUUAAGCUCUGGCUCAUUCAAGUUAUCAGCAAUAUUCCAAAAUUAUAUUUUUUAAAAAUAAUUAUGGUUUCAGAAUCAACAGUCACUACCUGUAAAAUAUAUUGAUUUACAGCUGGCUAGUAAGUUCUUCUGAAAGGCCAUCAAAUGUUUGGAAAGGUAAUACCUUAAUUCCAGUACUUUUUUCAAAAUUUGAACAUAAAGUUUUCAUAGGAAAAAUAAUAAAAUAAUAAUAAUUUUCAAUUGGACAUAUUUGAUAUAAUUAAGUCUGAAAAAAUGUUGAAGAUUUUUAGAGGGUUUCUCUAAUUUCCUUUUCCAAUCAGUAGUUAAAAGAUAUAGAUCCAAAAAAGAGGUAAAAAAAUAAAAGAUUCCAAAAAGUUUUGAAAAUUAUAUAUUCCGAAUAAUCAGCACUCUUCUUGACCAAUAAUAUAUCAAUUUACAACUGUCCCGGCUGAACGGCCUUCAAAUGUUCUGGAAAGGCAACUCCUAAACUCCAGUAUUUUUUUCAGCUUUGAAGAAGAGUUCCCAUAGCCACAUAAUAUUGAAAAUAAACAAUAGAAUUGAAAAUGGCGCGAAGAUUUAAAAUUUAACAUAAUUCCAAAAAGUAGGAAAAAACCCCAAUGAAAGUAGGGCGAAGUUUAAAAAUCUAUUUAGCUUGAUCUUUUCUCCCUACAUUUCCAUAUUUUGCAAUUCAUACAUUUUUCUACAUCAUCCCUGCAUAAAUCACAUACACAUAUAAUUUUUAAGUAAUAACCAACAACUACUUUUAGAUAGAUCCAAAAUGUUUUCAAUUUUUUUUUUAAAAAGAAACAAAAAAAAAAAAACUACCAAACGAAAAUUUAAAUGAAACUAGCAUUUUCUCCAAAAAAAAUGUUUUUUUUUGGGUUAGCUUUUUGGAGAUUUUUUUUUUAUUAUUCUAAUUAUACAAUAUAUAUAUGUUUUCUAUUACUAUUAUUAUAAAAUAUUAAUUAAUUAAUUAUUAUUAUUAUUGAUCAGUGAGACUGUAAACUUUUUUCUAUUAUUUUAGAAACUUUUUCUCUUUAACAAAAAAGAAACAUAACCUUAAAAAAAUUCCCCCAAAACAAAAAAAAAAACAAAUGAUAAAAUGUUUGUUUUUUUUUUUGAAAAGAAAAAAAAAUAUAAAUGAAAAACAAACGAUGAUGAAGAUAAAAACAAAUGCAUUUAAUUAUAUAUAUGAAAUUGUUAAACAAAUCAAAAAAGGAAAAGAAAAAACCAAAACAAAAGAAAAGAAAAAUUUAAAAAUUUACAUUUAAAAAAAAAAUUAAAAUUAAAAAAAAUUAAAAAUUUUAUAAUUUUUUUUCUCUGCAAUCCAAAAUGAAAAAAACAUAAUUAAAUUAAAAAAAAAAACAUUAAAAACCAAUCCAUUAUUUUUGUUCAUUAUUAUUAAUUUUAUUAUAAUUAAAUUGUAUAAAAAAAUGAUAAUUAUUAUUAAUUCAUUAUUAUUCUCUUCUAUAUAUAUAGACAUACCAUACAUACUAUAUAUAUGUGUUUUUAUGAAUUUAGCCAUAGUUGUAUUUAAUAUUAGAUUUAAAAAAAAAACAAACAAGAA